GUUCACGCCCGGCUUUUCCACAGAGCGAAAACAAAGUAGGAGACAACUUUUUAAAAUAGUUAGGCGCAGAACUGGGGGCGUUGAAUUUCGCAGGUCGUGUUGUUUAUAAAGAAAUUUGCAGGACCCGGAAAGCGAUGCGACCCAGCAAUCCAACUGCCAUUCAAUUCCAGCAGCUCAGCGCACGGCCGAGGCGGAGGAGGAGGAGAAGAAGAAGGAGAAGGAGAGAGAGACGGAGGCGGGAGAGCUUCGUGCGCAGGAAUCAUAUUGAACUUUGUCCCCUUGAACUGGGAUUAGGUUGAGUGAGACGUGAACUGGGCACAAGCUUAAAGCCUAGGAAGUAUUGUCGGCACAACUCUACCUGAAGUUAUGCAGUCACUCUUCGGCUGCUUUUGCGUGAGGAAAGGUCAACGAAAAGCUGGUUAUGAGGAUCCAAUCAUUCUUGCUUCAGAAACACCUUUUACUGUGAAUGAAGUGGAGGCUUUGUAUGACCUUUUCAAGAAACUAAGCAGUUCCAUAAUUGAUGAUGGUCUUAUUCACAAGGAAGAGUUUCAGUUUGCACUAUUCAGGAACAGUAACAAGCAGAAUCUUUUUGCAGAUAGGAUUUUUGAUCUAUUCGAUGUGAAGCGUAACGGGGUGAUAGAAUUUGGAGAAUUUGUCCGGUCAUUAAGUGUCUUCCACCCAAAUGCUCCUGAAGCAGACAAAAUAGACUUUGCUUUUAGAAUAUACGAUUUAAGGCAGACUGGUUACAUUGAGCGAGAGGAGUUAAAGGAGAUGGUACUGGCUCUUCUUGGUGAAUCAGAUCUGACACUUUCCAAUGAUGUCAUAGACACGAUUGUUUGUAAGACAAUCACAGAGGCAGAUACAAACAAAGACGGGAAGAUUGAUCAAGAAGAGUGGAGAGAGUUUGUGGCAAAGAAUCCUUCCCUCGUGAAGAACAUGACCCUUCCAUAUCUAAAGGAGAUAACCUUAGUAUUUCCAAGUUUUGUGAUGCACAGUGAAGUUCAGGAUUAAGCAGAAAGGUAUUGGUGCAAGACUCCAUUUCCAAUUAAGUCCGAUGAUACCAAGGAGUGAUCCGGUAGCAUGAGCCAUUAAACACCCUCGGUGCGCUGGGUGCAGUACAGAGAUGGUUGAAAAAUGUACAGAACUCUGGCUCUGCUGAGCACCAGGUGUCAGAUAAAUAAUCGCGCAGCUAGAAAUCUCACAGCUAAUUUCUCCACCGGUGUUUUUUGAUAUAUGACCAACUCAGAUCGAAUUAGAUUGACAUCCAAGUGAACACGGUCAUUGAGAGUGAUCCUACUUUGUUAAUCUCUUCGCCGAGCUGGAACACAGGUGUUGAGUGAAUGAUCCCGUUACAAUCGUGUUAUUUGGGUGCAUCAUAUCAUGAAGAGAUUGGUUGCGCGA